UGUCACUUUGCAGAACACACGAAUCAACGCGGAUGACAGUAGGGCGUACACGGAAGUGGGACAGGAAAGGCGGAAGUUGAGGCCAGAGGAGAAGGAAUAGUGAAAGGUUCUCCCGGCGGGAGAGAGAGAGAGAGGAGGCGGCCGCAAGCAGUGAGCGAGGCCUGUAUUCUGUUCACUUGACUGAUCCAGUUUACUCUGCCCUCACCUCCUGUGCCUUUUAAUACCACCGCUGUCCUCAUCUCUGUGCAGCUCAGUGACCUUACAAGGAGAUGGCCGGUCGAGGCGGAAACGCUCGACCAAACGGGCCGGCAGCCGGCAAUAAAAUCUGCCAGUUCAAGUUGGUUUUACUAGGGGAGUCUGCAGUGGGGAAAUCUAGUCUUGUCCUCCGCUUUGUCAAGGGCCAGUUUCACGAGUACCAAGAGAGCACCAUUGGAGCUGCUUUCCUAACACAGACAGUAUGUUUGGACGACACCACGGUGAAAUUUGAGAUCUGGGAUACUGCAGGACAGGAGAGAUACCAUAGCUUGGCCCCUAUGUACUACAGAGGAGCCCAAGCAGCCAUCGUUGUCUAUGACAUCACCAACACAGAAACAUUCACAAGAGCAAAAAACUGGGUGAAAGAACUUCAGAGGCAGGCGAGUCCAAACAUUGUAAUUGCCUUGUCUGGAAACAAGGCUGACCUCUCCAACAAGAGAGCUGUAGAUUUCCAGGAAGCUCAAGCGUAUGCCGAUGACAAUAGUCUGCUCUUCAUGGAAACCUCUGCUAAAACCGCCAUGAAUGUGAAUGAAAUCUUUAUGGCCAUAGCCAAGAAACUGCCGAAGAAUGAGCCCCAAAGCGCACAAGGUGCCCCUGGAAGAAAUAGGGGGGUGGACCUCCAAGAAAAUAACCCCCCUGCUAGGAGCCAGUGCUGCAGCAACUAAGUUGUGUACAAUCCCAACCUCACCACCAUCUCCUCCCUCAUCUCUCUCUCCACCUGGCGGUGGGAAGAGAGGGACCAAAACAUAGAAAUUUACUAAUUUAAAAAAAAAAUUGAAAUCCAAAAAAUAUACCGACAACAAAGAGAUGAGACUGGAAAUCCACUUUAAAACGAAUUACGAAUUCUGCUUAGUCCCCACAGAAUCAGAAUAACCACCCUGGUUCUAAAGGGGUAAGACGGACGCUAUGAAUUUCUAUUUUAUCAUCCACUCUACCACUCCAGUUUCUAAUUGAUCAGCGUCCUGACGAAGAUCUCAUUCCACCUGCACUUUGUUCCUUGUAUAAAUACUAAUUCAAUUUUUAAGUCUUAAGUCAUUUUUUUUUUAAAUAAAAAUGAUUUAUAUAUAUAUAUAUAUAUAUAUAUAUAUAUAUAUAUAUAUAUAUAUAUAUAUAUAUAUAUAUAUAUAUAUAUAUAUAUAUAUAUAUAUAUAUAUAUAUAUAUAUAUAUAAAAUCUCUCUCUAUCCGAUUAACUUGCUUCCUUUCACCCCUCUUCUCCCUCCUCCAUGUUAGUGGUUAUGGUGGCUGGUGAGAGAGGGAGGAUUCUUAAUUUCUAAAGCUUUGAUACAUUUUUGCUUCUAAACAGAUUCUGAUGAGCUCCUUGUUCAUGAAAUCAUUCUUAAACAGUAUAUUGUAAGGACAGACUGCUGUGUACAUUAACAUGCGUAUACAUAUGGAGUGUAUAUGGAUAUAUAUAAAAAAAAAAUUGUAUGAUUUAUUUCUUUAUUAAUUCUCUUAAUACAGAAUUCCUUUCUUAAGUUAAACUUUCAUCCAAAGGCCUUUCUGAAAAAGUAGGAUGGAUCUAUACAACGCUUUGGAUACAAUAUGGCUGCCAGGAAGCUAACCAACGUUCUAUUUUUCUAAAGGAGUGAGUGUUCACUCACCAGCAUUGCUAUUCAUCUCUAGUAGCAACAUCUGCUCAUAUUCUUUGGUCAUUUUUAAUCAUGAUAGCUGCCAACUUAAAGUUUGUUGUAAAGCCAUAAAAGCACUUUCAAUAAAGCAGUGGUUAGAAAAUAAACAAUUACUCGUACAAAUACGGUUUUGGUAAUCCACGCAUGGAAUUUAUUUUCCCCACAGUAAAAUCUGAUGCUCCACACCAAAUGGUCAACUACUUUUGCCACUAAAUCCUGUUCUUCCAAAGUAUCUACAUAUGAAGGAAUUCAUUUUCUUUAGAAGUGUUUAGCCAUAUUUUUAACUAUCAAAUUGUAAGCAUUUUAACAAGGUCUUUCUGCUGUUCUGUCUUCUACUGUUCAUUGGAAGGAAUAAAUAAUAAUGAAAUAGCCAUAUCUUUUUAAGCAGGAAGGAUAAUGUGUUGUAAUCUUCCAUGUUUUGCACAAGGGCAAAAGGAAAGCAUUAAGUGUAGUAAAUGGCCACCUCUGUCAGACUUUUGAAUAUUACAUUUGCUAACCAGAGUAAUUAUUUUUGUGCAUUCCUUGCUUGACCAGCAGGCCUUUUAUUCUUAGACGUUUCCAGAUGAGCUGUAAAUAAUUGGCAAGAUGUAACCCUGCUUUUGGGCACAGGUACGAAAGGAAAUGGCUGUCACCUUAACUUUUCCACCUGUGUGCAAUGUGGGAUUACCCUUUAACGUUAUGUAUGCUGUUAUGAAUCACUUUUAUUCUCCCAGGAAUCUUUUUUGGGAGCUAUGAACCAGAUGUUUGAAGUAUAAGGCUGUCUGAGGUGUCUGUCUCUGAACCCGAUCACUUGACCAAAUAACAAAUUAUAAGGUAUUAAGGGGAAGGGACCUUUUUUUCAUUUUUCUUUCUUUUUUUUCCAAAUUCUUCUUCAUAUUCUGUAUUUUGUAUUGUAUGUUCUCUGCAAUAUGUACUCAAUCAGUAUAUCUUGAUAAUACAGUACGUACCAAAUAGA